AUGACUUCCAAAUACAUGAGGCAAUUCUCUUUCUCGGUCUACCUGCAGACGCUGGCGGUGAUUGACACUUUAGUGCUACUGCACUAUGGGAUGGAUUACAUCGAUGUCUUGGCUUACCGGAAUCCUGUAUUUGAGCAGCGCAUGAAACGAUACACGCCUUGUUUGUUUUACCCUUAUUUUGUGCGCGUGGCUCAACUGUCGUCUGCUUGGUGUGUUGUGGCCUUCACGGUGGACAGAUCUGUGGCUAUUUGCUCACCCUUCUUUGCCCGCCACUACAGCACAAUCCUGCAUGCACGUAUUAUCAACGCCAUCGUCAUCCUGGUACUUAUGCUGUCACAAGUCUACCAUCCAAUUCUUCUGGAUCAAGACACCCUUUACUGCCACAACCCAUUCUCGAUCCCCACGACAGCCGACAGAUUCGGGAGCAUGGAGUUAAUGGUGGUGAUAUCUAGGGCAGCCUUGUUGAUGCUCGUGCCCUUUGUCAUCGUUCUCAUUUGUAACCUAAGAGUCAUUGUUGCUGUCAAGCGGAGGAGCACGAUAGCUGAAAUAACCUCAUCCUCUUCCGACUCGUCCAACAACAGCAGCAACGGACGAAACCUAGAGGCUGAGAAUAAGAUGUCCUUAAAGCUGUUCUCUGUCUCCUUAACCUUCCUGGUGUUAUCACUGCCUGACUGUAUCGUGGUGUUUUUAGACAUACGUAACAUGCUUGCGGGAGUUCAGCGCUGGUAUUUGUUAAACAACAACUUCCGAUUCAUAGCAAGCAUGGUUUUCAGCCUUAAUUUUGCCAUUAAUUAUCUGUUGUACGGGUUUGCCUUCAGAAAAAAGGCCAUGUUGUUUUCCUCUUUACCUAAUUGUCUUCGACGACGCGACAGAUAA